AUGGUGUAUUGUAGUACAUGCCUUUGGAAGAAUUUCUCAUAUGAUGUUCUUCCUUUAGUAAUUCCUUAUACUUGGAGGCCUUGUCUGCCAGUUCUGCCAAGUCUCCAAACAUCAUUCCAUCGAAUCUCUUCUCAGAGAAAUCUUGAAGGCAACCUAGGCCAUCUAGAUGAAAUGCAUUUCUUCCAUGGGAAUUCUGCACUUCAUUUUGAGCUUCCUAAACCUAGUGAUGAAAUCCUGGUCAAGUUCAUCUUCACUUUGUUGGGUAUUGAUAGGGAUGGGGUAGGAGUCAAUUGGAGUGAAAUAAUGACUCAAAUGUAUAAGUUAGCUGAAGUAAGUGUGAAAACAAACUACUAUGGUGCCAGGAAAAUGACCAAAGCACCCCUUCUCCUUCAGCUAUCUGAUUCACCAAGAGUUGUCAAUCUUUCUUCCAGCAUGGGAUCGUUAAAGCACAUACCAAAUGAAUGGGCCAAUGGGGUGUUAAGUGAUGCCGAGAAACUUACAGAAGAUAGAAUAGAUGAUGUUUUGAAUGAGUUUCUCAAAGACUUCAAAGAAGAUAUUCUAGAAACCAAAGGCUGGCCUACUUCCCUCUCUGCCUAUAUACUCUCAACAGCAGCCGUGAACGCAUUCACUAGAAUGAUGGCCAGGAAGUACCCAAACAUUUGCAUCAAUAGUGUUGUCAAAACAAAUAUGAACUUCAUCAAUAUUGGCAUGUUAAUAAGCAUUGCUAAAGGUGCUGAGAGUAUUGUGAGGUUAGCUUUGGUUCCAAAUGGCAGCCAUUUUGUCCUCUACUUCUAUUUACAAGAAGUCUCACCCUUUUGA